UUUGUACUGUUUUAUUAUUGGUGGCUGCAGCAAUAAAUAACUCCAAUUAGGGAAGUUACUUUGUCAAAAUGUUAUUAAAUAAAGAAAUGGAUAAGAUAACAUGGGUCCUACAUUAACACUUUCUUUUUUCAAAACUUUUUUUCUAUGACCCCAGAAAAGUCUUUAACAUACAGUAUUUUAAAACCAAACAACAAUGUAUUAAUUAUUUCACACAUAAAAUAAGAAUACCAAAAAUGUGAAUAAACAGUAAUUAACAGCACAUGCUUUAAAAAGAUGCUGUGUUAAAUGACAAUUAAAUAUAGUUUUAAUAAAUAAAAUGAAAGGUAAAAAUAAUCAUUACAGAAGUAAUUGACUUUUUGUUUAUUCCUUCCACAUUAGUUUUAAUGAUGCUCGCUGCUUGUUAUUCUCCAGUCGGUGUUAUCUGUGCUCACACACACACACACACACACACACACACAAAGGUCCUAAUGUGCUGUAAUUAUGGAGAAUGAGCUCAGGCAGACUCCCACAGUUCUUUGAUUGUUGAGAGUGUGUUGCUCUCUUCUGACUUUUAUCGUCUCUCUCCUAAGAAAAAUGAUCUGAAUUGGAAAAAGAACAACCAUCAGCACAUCAGACGUGUUUGUUCGUCUGACGAGUUGUUUGGAAGACAACCAGUCGUAGUGACGCACAAGACGAGUUUAAACAUCUCUGAUGGGAAAAACAUGAUCUUAGUCUGAGCAGUGAUUUAAUCCGGUUGUUUUAUGACCGAUAUAAUCAGUUCUCACUGCAGUAUUAACUCUUCAUUACUGCAGGUUACCUACGUACAUGACUACACAUCACAUGUGUUACCACUACUACACAACAACAACAACAACAACAGUAAUAUGAAUUAUUUGAAUUACCUGUUUGCAAAGAUUCUUUUGAAAAUGUAAACCUGUAAAUGUAAUUUUCUGAAAUUGGAUUUUUUUUAUUUUGAUUGUUCUCUAUAAUAUAAUAUUUUACUAAGGCUUUGUGGUGGACACCUGUCUGCAGAUAUUUGUGACUCUAAAUGUCACUAAAUUGUUUAGCUUUAAUGGAAUUGUACUACACAAGUUAUCAAUCAGUUGUUGUUCAGUUGUUCCACUGCAGAGUGAAGGUGUCAUUACCUUGAAAAUAAUCAAAAAAUCAUUUUACAGACAUUUUACAUAGUGCAAACUCUUAGAAAUGUGUAUAGACCAAAGUGCUAAAAACAUGAUUUUUCAAUCAGUGUUUUAAAUACUAAUAAUAAUACGUUAUUCAUUUGAUCAUUUCCAAAAUGUUGAUGAGACCUACUGCAUGAUAGAGUUUUGAUAUGAUAGUUUUAGAACCACAGAGUUCCAUGAAUAGUUUUUGUGACUUGUUUAUGUGACUUUGGUCAUGAACUGAUGAUGGAUGUCCAGCAUGUGCUGAGGUGAAACCUCCACUUUGCCACACACACACACACACACACACACAGGUGGGGGCGGGAGGUGUGUUGUGAGGAUUUGAUUGACAUGUUGGUUGGUGUAUUACUGAUGAUGAUGACGUUAGUGCUUGACUGAGGGAGGAUUUACAUACUGGGAGAUUAUGACGUGUUGCAGUGACAGCUGUCGUUGUGUUAUGGCCAGUGAUGGUUGCCAGUUGAGAACCCCCCUGUUGAGGGGCCCCGUUCACCCUCGGUCUCCCCCUCCCUCCCUGCGUCUCUCCUCCAGCCUCUGAUGCUUUUGGUAUUCACUGCGCGCUGUCUGCAGCUUCUGCAAAUUCACUCUUGUUUAUUAUGGCUCAGACGGACGUGCAGAGAUGACUUCCGCGUCAUGCACGCCUCCCCGUUCGUCAGUCAGUCUGUCGGUGUGUCUGUGCGGGUCCGUGCACGUGCGCGUGCAUGUGCACGGCGCCGAGGUCGCAGCACAUGCUCAGUAGUGUCCGCAGAGAAGCAGCGAGCGGAGCUGGCGUCGCUGUACGUGCAGGCUGAGGUCACAGCACAAGCUCAGUGAACACCUCUGUGUCUGGCCAGCCGCUCCGCGCCUCUCCAUUUUUCAGCACCGUAGAGACCACAUAGGUGCUAGAGAGGGGAGCUCCGUCCAGAGCCGGCAGUGCAGACCGAGUGUCAGCACCCAAACCUGAGGGCUCGAUGUCUGACAUGGACGAUCUGUUCAGUCCCAGGAGGCGACUAAACAGCACACAAGGGGAAAUCCGAGUGGGACCCAGUCACCAAGCCAAGCUCCCGGAGCUGCAGCCUUUCCCCUCUCCUGGCGGCCAGUCUGUGACUGAAAAUGAGGAGCUGGUCUGGAUGCCAGGGGUCAAUGACUGCGACCUUCUCAUGUACCUCAGAGCUGCAAGGAGCAUGGCUGCCUUCGCUGGAAUGUGUGACGGCGGCUCCACAGAAGACGGGUGUCUCGCCGCCUCUCGAGACGACACUACAUUAAACGCACUUAACACUCUUCAUGAGAGCAGCUACGACGCAGGAAAGGCUCUGCAGCGCCUGGUGAAGAAGCCAGUCCCCAAACUGAUAGAGAAGUGCUGGUCAGAGGAUGAAGUGAAACGCUUCAUUAAAGGACUGAGACAGUUCGGCAAAAACUUCUUCAGGAUCCGGAAGGAGCUUCUUCCCAGCAAAGAAACGGGAGAACUCAUCACCUUCUACUACUAUUGGAAGAAGACUCCAGAAGCAGCCAGUUGUCGAGCCCACCGUAGACACCGUCGCCAACCUGUCUUCCGCCGCAUUAAGACACGAACUGCUUCGACCCCCGUCAACACUCCCUCGCGGCCACCCUCCAGCGAAUUUUUGGACCUCAGCUCAGCCAGCGAAGAUGACUUUGACAGCGAAGACAGCGAACAGGAGCUGAAGGGCUACGCCUGCCGCCACUGCUUCACCACCACCUCCAAGGACUGGCACCACGGGGGCAGAGAGAACAUCUUGCUGUGCACAGACUGUCGCAUUCACUUCAAGAAGUACGGAGACCUGCCCCCCAUCGAGAAGCCUGUGGACCCGCCGCCAUUUAUGUUCAAACCUGUCAAAGAGGAAGAGGAUGGACUCAGCGGGAAGCAUAGCAUGAGGACCCGACGGAACCGCGGCUCGAUGUCAACAUUACGAAGUGGUCGUAAGAAGCAAACAGCCAGUCCGGAUGGAAGAGCCUCGCCUACCAACGAGGAUUUGCGCUCCAGUGGACGAACUUCACCCAGUGCAGCGAGUACUGACAGCACAGACAGCAAGACGGACUCCAUGAAGAAGCCAAACAAGAAGAUUAAAGAAGAGGCUCCUUCACCCAUGAAAAGUGCCAAACGGCAGCGAGAAAAGGGAGCGUCUGACACGGAAGAUUCCGAGAGGGCCAGUGCCAAAAAGUCCAAAACACAAGAGCUUAGUCGACCCGACUCGCCCUCAGAGUGUGACGGUGAAGGUGAGGGAGAAGGCGAGAGCUCCGAUGGGCGUAGCAUUAACGAGGAGCUCAGUAGCGAUCCUAAGGACAUUGACCAGGACAACAGGAGCUCCUCCCCCAGUAUCCCCAGCCCCAGAGACAAUGAGAGCGACUCAGACUCCUCUGCCCAGCAGCAGCAGCUGCUGCAGAGCCAACACCCUCCUGUCAUCCAGUGUCAACCUGGCACCUCAGCAGCCUCCUCGGGACCUCCUCCACCACCUACGACCUCAGCACCUUCACUGCCCCCGCAGGUUUCCCCCACAGUGGCCUCCACCUCUCUACCUCCCCAGCCUCUGCCCCAGGCGACUCCGAUGUCCCUCAUCCAGUCAGGAGCGUCCCUUCACCCUCAAAGGCUUCCAUCUCCUCAUUCACCUUUGAGCCAGGCUCCGCCCCCUGGACUCCCACUCCCUCCUACGUCAAUACCCAGUUCGCAUCAUGGGCCGAUGCCUCCCAUGCCUCACCCCUUGCAGCCUGGCCCAUCACACAUGCCCCAUCCUCACUCCAUGCCCCCUCAGGGCUUUCCUGUGGGUCAGUCUCAGGUCCCACCAUUGCCAGUCCCUGGCCAAUCACAGCCCAGGUCACACACACCUCCGUCCCAGCCCCAGCCGUCAGCUCAGAGCGGAGGUCAACCUCCCAGGGAACAGCCUCUACCCCCUGCUCCGCUCUCCAUGCCUCAUAUCAAGCCUCCACCGACCACACCCAUCCAACAGUUAUCCAACCCACAGUCCCACAAACACCCGCCCCACGUAUCGGCACCUCCAUUUCCUCAGAUGCCUUCAAACCUGCCUCCGCCUCCUGCCCUCAAGCCCCUCAGCUCUUUAUCCACCCACCACCCUCCGUCGGCGCACCCGCCACCUCUUCAGCUCAUGCCACAGGGGCAGCAGCUUCAGCCUCCGCCAUCCCAGCCCCCAGUUCUCACCCAGUCACAGACCCUCCCACCCUCAGCCAGCCACCAGCCUCCUCCUGCUCCUCCUCUGCCUCCCUCCGCAGCAGCAGCAGCAGCAGCAGCAGCAGCCUCCCAUCCCGGUGGACCAUCGCAGCCGCCGUUCUCAUCCCAUUCUUUCAGUGCAGUUCUACCUCCAACCGGCCCCCCCUCAUCGUCCUCAAACUCUAUGCCUGGACUACCACCUCCACCUUCCUCUGCUUCGUCAUCCUCCAUCUCCAUGCCACUCCCUGCCUCAGUCUCGUGUGCCGGCCCGGGCCCAGCACUUCCGCCAGUACACAUCAAAGAAGAGCCAUUGGAUGAGGCGGAAGAGCCGGAGAGUCCCCCGCCCCCGCAGAGAAGCCCAUCACCGGAGCCUACGGUGGUCAACACGCCCAGCCAUGCCAGCCAGUCAGCACGGUUCUACAAGCACCUGGACAGAGGGUACAACUCCUGUGCUAGGACAGACUUCUACUUCACUCCUCUGGCGUCGUCCAAACUGGCCAAAAAGCGAGAGGAAGCUCUGGAGAAAGCCAAGAGGGAAGCAGAACAGAAAGCCAGGGAAGAAAAGGAAAGAGAGAGGGAGAGGGAAAAAGAGAGAGAACGAGAGCGGGAGAGAGAAAAGGAAGUGGAGCGAGCUGCGAAAGCCUCCAGUUCUUCCCACGACGGCAGAAUGGGUGAACCUCAGAUGGCAGGCCCCGCCCAUAUGCGCCCGCCCUUCGACGGCCCCCCCACUACAAUUGCAGCUGUGCCUCCUUACAUCGGCCCCGACACCCCUGCCCUGCGCACCCUCAGCGAGUACGCUCGGCCACACGUCAUGUCCCCCACCAAUCGAAACCACCCCUUCUUUAUGUCCCUCAACCCUGCUGACCCGCUGCUGGCCUAUCACAUGCCCGGUUUGUAUAACGCCGACCCUGGCAUGCGGGAACGCGAGCUGCGGGAGCGUGAGAUGCGGGAGAGAGAGAUUCGUGAGCGUGAGCUGAGGGAAAGAAUGAAGCCAGGUUUUGAGGUUAAGCCUCCUGAAAUGGACACACUCCACCCUUCCACAAACCCCAUGGAGCACUUUGCCCGGCACGGGGCCAUCACGUUGCCCCCCAUGGCCGGCCCCCACCCAUUUGCGUCCUUCCACCCGUUAGACCGUGAGCGGCUGGCCCUCGCGGGGCCACAGCUGCGGCCUGACAUGAGCUACCCGGAGAGACUGGCCGCGGAGAGACUUCACGCCGAGAGGAUGGCCACGGUGGCCAACGACCCCAUCGCCCGUCUGCAGAUGUUCAACGUUACGCCACACCAUCACCAGCACUCGCACAUCCACUCCCAUCUACACCUGCACCAGCAAGACCCUCUGCACCAAGGUGGUGGUGAAUGUCUUGUGUGUCCGUCAGGUUCCGGGGCCCACCCCCUGGCCGUAGACCCUCUGGCAGCUGGACCUCACCUGGCUCGCUUCCCGUACCCGCACGGCGCCAUCCCCAACCCGCUCCUCGGCCAACCGCCACACGAACACGAGAUGCUGCGUCACCCGGUCUUCGGUGCUCCUUACCCACGCGAACUACAAGGAGGUUUGCCGCCGCCCAUGUCUGCAGCCCACCAGCUGCAGGCCAUGCACGCACAGUCAGCUGAGCUGCAGAGGUUGGCCAUGGAGCAGCAGUGGCUCCACGGUCACCAUCACAUGCACGGAGGACCCCUGCCUGGUCAGGAGGACUACUACAGCCGGCUGAAAAAAGAGAGCGACAAGCAGCUGUAAAGGCUCAGUGAGUGAGGGGACAGCCGCAGACGGACGCAGGACAGAGGUAGUUGUUACAGGGAUGUUCUCUGCUGAAUCCUCUCUAAGACACAUUCAGUUCUGAGGAACAGAAAAGGCCGACUGGAUCGUCUGGGAACUCUUUGGAUAUUUUUUUUUUCUUUUUCUUCUUUUUUUUCUUUUUUUCAGUUCACGUCAAAGACUUUUUUUCUAAUUAUUUUUCAAGACAUUGACUUUGUUUGGUAUAUAGCCAGUAGUGACAACGUCCACAAGACUCCUUCUGCAUGAGAAGCUUCCCUGACAUUAUUUUGUAGGUGCUAGAAGAAGAAGACACUGUGCUUAUCAACUACAACAACUACAACAACUACAACAAGGACAAAAAAGACAAAGACCGGUCAGGCCGUUUAUUGAAAAAUAACAAGUGCUAUCUUAAAUUCAACAUUUAUUUUAAUACAUUGUCGGAGGUUUUUUCAUAAUUUUAAGAGAAGCUACAGCAUGGCGUUUUUGAGUCUGUAAAUAGUAUAUAUAUAAACAUAUAAUUAUUAUUAUAAUUAUUAUUAUUACUAGGUGUGGACUCCAAACCAAGUCGUUUCAACCUCCAGUAAUACUUGUUUUGGACGCAUUAUCCCUUUGUUUCAGAGGGGAGCACAAUGGCAUUAAAGAGCAGUUUCUGAGAGAGUUACAGUUCAGUUGUGACGUUCCUCUGACAUCACUGUGUUAGAUUUAGUCCCAUGUUGAAAAAACAAAGACAAAUGCUUCACUGCUUCCAUCCAACGCUGACCUUCCACACGCAGCAGGUCGUCAGAAUGUUCAGACUUAAACACCUGGAGUUCACCAUGCGAUGAAAACACUUGAACGGGCUUUGGUGGCGCGCAUGCCAGAGCUGUUGGUUUUAAAUGGUAAACUAAUUUGCACUGAGGGAGGCUUAACUCACGCUCCACUCUAUUGGUUUUUACUCUCUUCUUUUCCUUUAUUAUUAUUAUUUUUUUUUACAUCAACACCUGAAAUUGUAAUAAAGCUUCAUUAGGUUUGCUUUUACUUUUGAUCAUGGUUCUUACAAUAUGGAUGCCAGAAACACAUUUGGCUGAAAUGAAGCCUUUGGAAAAAAAAGGUUUUAUCCUUUUAAACAAUUAGGCUUGAAUUUUAAUGUCGUUAACUAUGAAACCAGAGAUGAACACUUUUUUUUUUACAUGUGUAAAUGUUUUUCAGUGACUGCUGGUUUGUGUUUUUUCUGUUCCAUGUUUGAUGCAGAGCUCAAAUCAGACCCAGGCCUGGUCCACACUUAGUCUGGUUCUUUUGAAAAUAGAGGUUUUCCUCAUUUAGUUAAGCCUGAGUCACAGACGUAGUUUCAUUGACCUGGAAUUUUUGUCAGUUGUCAAAGAAAUUUAAGUCAUGUCCAUGGAGUUCAUUCCCUAGUUUUCAGACACUAAGUCACAGAAGAGUUUAGUUUGAGUUGAAUCUCUGUUUUCAAGUCUGUCACUUACAAAUAAUUUGAAUCAUCUACUUGUGGACGCGGCCGAAGUCGUUCUUCAUUAUUAGGUUGUAAUAAUGCUCACUGUGACACUAGGAGGAGUUCUGUUAUCAUGUGACCAUGUGUGUUUGCGUGUGUGAGCGGGUGUAUGUUAGCAUUUGCCUUCGUUCCUUAAGGAUACACACCACUUCCUGCUGUCAGGAGUGUGUGUCUUCGUGCCACUGACUGUUACCUGUAGUACUGAGCUGUCUGUCUGAUCAGUGCACACAAGCCCCCAUUUUUUUUUUUUUUAAUUUUUAAUUUUUUUUUUUAAUCCAUGACGUAAGGUCUGCAUUUUAUCUGUGCACUAAGACUGUUUAACUGUGGCUUUUUAUUUUAGUCCGAUGAAGAAACUCGUAUUUGCAUUUUAAAAUGGUCAAACGGUCUGUUGGAGCACUCUGACGUCUAAAUGGUUGCAAACAUCUUGAAUCUCAUUUCCCUGUUUUUAAAAAUUCAAAAAAAGACCUGACAACAACCGGUCACUGUCUCGCCUUCUCCCACUGAUUCCUGUCUCUUCUGACGACAUGAUCGGCAUCAUCAUCAUCAUCAUCAUCAUUAUCAUCGUCGAUCUCCUCCUCCUCUGCCUGGUUUCCUGAUCACCUUGCCUUUUACUCCCUCUUUUUGUGUCUCCAAUACCUUUGAUGUUAAGUGUUGUCAAUGGUUUAGCUUCUUGUUUCAAAGCGGCAAUAGCAGAAUGUACAUUCUGACUGCUAAGAUUUAUAUAUAUACUGGUAUCUUGAAGCUUAUUGUAUAUAUGAGUAGUCGCCAUGGGAUGACACAAUGUAAACAAAAAGUAGAAAUAAUAAGAAAAAUUGUGAGUCCUGUGUUCUUUCCAUUUGAGUAUUUUGUAAUUUUUUUGAAAAAUUUGUGGAAUUAAAAUAAACGACUAAGUUACACCACAAAAUACA